CUGCUCAGUCUCCGUUAGACCGAAUAGCGGCGCUCAGUGCUUUCAGCCGGAGAGCAGCGCUCAUCCCGCGGACGGAGUGUCCUCGAUUCUCGGCCAAUUUACACCAUAAUUACCAGCGAACAGGCCGCCUUGCGCGCACUAAACUAAAGGGUUACCAUUCCCCUCGGAACUAGACGGCGGAUUUUGAAAAGCGCUGUAUUUAGGGCCAGCUUUCCGCUCGACUAUGUUUGGGAUUAAUUUUUGAGGUACUACGAUCUGAAGAUCACAUUUUUUCAGCGCGAGGAGCCUCAGAUCCGCACUGGGACGAAGCGAAAGGUCUCAACGGUCUCUGUUAUCGUCUCGUGCGCUGUCGAAACGAGAAAAGGGAGCAUGCGUGAGUAGCAGGUUUCUGUGGCGGGACCUCAAGCUCCUCCCCUCAUCUGGAGCCCCUGCGCUGUAGGAUACGAGACCGCCUUCCUUCACCCACUCUGACCUCAGUUCAACAGGUGUGAAGAUGAGGAAGUUUGCGUACUGUAAGGUGGUGCUGGCCACUUCUCUGGUGUGGGUGAUGAUAGACAUGUUCAUCCUCCUCUACUUCAGCGAAUGCAACAAAUGCGAUGACAAAAAAGAGAGAGGAUUGCCGGGGAGAGACACUGUGGUUCAGAGGCCUCAUGACGGCCCAGGGGAGAUGGGAAAGCCAGUGGUCAUCGCUAAAGACCAGCAGGAGAGGAUGAAGGAAAUGUUUAAGAUAAACCAGUUUAACCUGAUGGCCAGCGAGAUGAUCGCACUCAACCGAUCUUUACCGGAUGUCCGGCUUGAAGGGUGUAAAACAAAGGUGUAUCCAGACGGUCUUCCACGCACCAGUGUGGUGAUCGUGUUCCAUAAUGAAGCAUGGACCACACUGCUCCGAACAGUCCACAGUGUCAUCGACAGGUCUCCGAGACACCUGCUAGAGGAAAUCGUGCUAGUAGAUGAUGCCAGUGAGAGAGACUUUCUGAAGCGGCAGUUGGAGCAGUAUGUGCGGAAGUUGGAGGUGCCGGUCAGGGUGGUACGGAUGGACCAGCGCUCGGGCCUGAUUCGCGCUCGGUUGAAGGGGGCGUCCAUCUCCACAGGUCAGGUGAUUACCUUCCUGGAUGCCCACUGUGAGUGCACCACCGGCUGGCUUGAGCCUCUCCUUGCUCGCAUCAAACUUGACAAGAAAACCGUAGUGUGUCCCAUCAUUGACGUGAUCAGCGAUGACACAUUUGAGUACAUGGCAGGGUCUGAUAUGACAUAUGGUGGGUUCAACUGGAAGCUGAACUUCCGCUGGUAUCCGGUACCACAGAGAGAGAUGGACCGCAGGAAAGGAGACAGAACGCUGCCUGUCAGGACCCCCACCAUGGCAGGUGGUCUCUUCUCCAUAGACAGAGAUUAUUUCCAGGAGAUUGGCACAUACGAUGCAGGCAUGGACAUCUGGGGAGGAGAAAACCUGGAGAUUUCCUUCAGGAUUUGGCAGUGCGGGGGGACGCUUGAGAUAGUCACGUGUUCUCACGUCGGUCACGUGUUCCGUAAGGCGACGCCGUACACGUUCCCUGGUGGAACUGGGCAAAUCAUCAACAAGAACAACAGAAGGCUGGCAGAGGUCUGGAUGGAUGAGUUCAAGAACUUCUUCUACAUCAUCUCACCUGGUGUGACUAAAGUGGAUUAUGGAGACAUCUCUUCCAGAACAUCCCUGAGACAGAGACUGCAGUGUAAGCCGUUUUCCUGGUACCUUGAAAAUGUCUACCCAGACUCCCAGAUACCACGUCACUACUACUCGCUAGGAGAGAUCCGUAAUGUGGAGACUAACCAGUGUCUGGAUAACAUGGCCAGGAAAGAGAAUGAGAAAGUGGGCAUUUUUAACUGCCACGGCAUGGGCGGCAACCAGGUUUUUUCGUACACAGCCAAUAAAGAGAUCCGAACUGAUGACCUCUGUUUGGAUGUGUCCAAACUUAAUGGUCCGGUUAUGAUGCUCAAGUGCCAUCACUUGAAAGGCAACCAGCUCUGGGAAUAUGACCCUGUGAAGCUGAGUCUGGUACACGUGAACAGUAAUCAGUGUUUGGAUAAGGCGUCUGAAGAUGACAGUCAGGUGCCCAGCGUCAAGGACUGCACCGGGGGCCGCUCGCAACAGUGGCUCCUCCGCAACGUCACACUGCCUGAGAUAUUCUGAGAUCGCACACGGACGGACAGAUGGACAGACUCUCACACCGACGCUGAUGGAGAGAGCGUGAGAGAAAGGACUGCUUUCCUCUCAAUCCUGGUGGUCUGCCUUCAAAUGAUCUAAAAUAACAGAACCACAUAUGUAUAUGAAUCUCCCCAUCACUCCACCUUGCCGAGGAAAAAACGAACGAUGGAGAGAAAGACUCGUGGAGAAAGCAACUUGAGUUUGAUGCCCUUAUCCUCCUCGUUCGAGGAGCAGCGGACAUUUUGGUUAUGUUUACGAGAACGCCUCCCUUUUAGAGUAUCAGUGUGUGUGUGAUUGUGUGUGUGUGUGUGUGAUGGGAAUGUGUGAGUCACAGUGUUUUCCACAGGAGUUUUUUUUUUUUUAAUUUAAGUAUUUUUCAAACCUUGUAGAAGUGAAGGGUAUCUAGCACAUGAAGGAGAGGCUAACGUGUGUUCGAGUGCAUGUGUGUGCAUGUGAGAUUUCAAGUGUGUCACAUAUCAGGAUAGAUCUCCUAUCUGUGGACGUUGCAGUGGUCUGUUAUCCGUUUGACAUAGGGGCUCCCCCUACUGGCCACUGACACACGCUGAACUGUCUAUCAAUCUUAGUCUCAGCCAGUGGACUACCUACAAUCAAUCACAUAUAGAUCUAUAAUCAAUGAACAGGAUGACUGAUCGUCUAGGACAUGUUUCAUAUCGUCAGUGAUCAUGUAACUUUGUUUUUUGUUUUUUUUUUUUACACCAGUGGUUGAUACUUUUUUGGUUUCUGCAUUUUUGAGUGCCACGUACAAGCACUUUUUUCACUUGUUAGGUUUUGUUUGUUUUAGAACUUUGUCGAGUCUGUCUAUUAAAGGUAUGAUAGUAAUUUGACACACAGUUUCAGGACUGUCCUGAACUUACCCCAAAUUGUUGCCUUCCUCUGGGUUCCAGCCCUUCGGCCGAUAUGGGUUACCCAUAAGCUCAUGGGUUGAUCGGGAAGAGAUGGAUCAUCUUCUGUCAUAUCAUCCAACAGUAAAAGGGCUCAGUCUCACUGUGUACAUGCAUGAGAAAGAACUCUUUCAUCCAAUAUCUUUCUUUGUUUACGUUCACUUUAAAUUGUUACUGAUUUUUGUGUAGAAUUUCUUUAAUUCGUCAACACAUUUGGUGUCUGAAGCUUACAGUCUAGUGCCCGCACUGGGAGCUGCUCACCACGUUUCAUCUGAUGUCUUCAAACUGUCUGAUAGCCUAAAGAGAUUGUCCUGCAUUUCAGAUUUAUGCAUUUCUGAUUUUAGUUUUAAGUGAUCCAACAUUUCAUUUCAGCUGUGAUGGUUGAGGAUAGUUGGAAAAUGAACCCCUCUGUUUUGAGAGUUGUCAUGUGAAAUCAGGAAUCAGUUGUGAUUUUUGUUUUCCCCUAAAUAUUCUUGUCUUGACCCUGUCUAAAUACUUCAAAUGAUCUGUACUCUUUGUGUCACUGUGUACCAAAAGAUGAUUCUAAAUUGUAAGAUUCUACAUUAAAAAAAAAAAAAAUGCGUCAAAAGACAAUAGAACCCAUUAUAAUCCGUGAUAUUGUCUACACUGGAUGCGGCGCGGUGCGACGCGACAAAUUCCCGACAGUAAACGGAUUCCCUGUUCUAUUUCUGACGUAGUCCAAGUGCUUUCCAACGGUCGUCUUGUCGCGUUCAGCUUUUAGCUGUUGCGGCGCGGCGCGAUAAAAGCCGCGUCUGGUGUAGACAUGGUUACACUAGUGCGAUUUCGUUUUAAAACACCUAAGUUUCGCUACAGUUACGCCAUUUGUUUACACUACGCCGGCAUUUUCGAACCUCGAAAACGCUGCAGACCCCGUUUUAGUUUGAAAACGCCGGGGUUGCGUUUCAAUAUAAACUGACCAAAACGGAAAAAUGAUGGUGUGGCUGCCAACGUUCGCUCUGCGUAUCAUCAACGGUCAUGUGACAUGCGUUUUCGGCCGUGUAGUAUAGACGGAAAUCGUUUCUGAAACGCUGUGGAAACGGCAGUGUAGACGAGGAUCGUUUUCAUUUUAUAACGCCGUUUUAAAACGAAAACGCACUAGUGUAAACGGGGCCUAAUAUUGAACAUUGUUAGAUUCUAAAUUGUAACAUUUUAAGAUUCUAGAUUCUAAGAAAAAGAUUCUAAAUACAGAUUCUAAAAAAAACUUAAGAUUGUAAAUUAUGAGAUUCUAAAAUGUAAGAUUUUUUAAAAAGGUUCUAAAUUUUAAAUACUGAUUCUAAAUUUAAAAAAAAAACAACUAAGACUGUAGAUUCUAAAUUGUGAGAUUCUAAUUCUAGAAUUCUAAUUGUAUGAUUGUAAAUGAUUCUAAAAAAGAUUUUAAAUGGUAUGAUUUAAAGAAAAGGGUGUUUUCACUGCAUAGGAUGGGUGAAGAUCUUGCAAGCAUUUGGACAGGGCCUCAAGAUCAUCUGUGUAGAUGUGUGAGUGAACAAGUGUGUGUGUUUAUAUUUGUCAAAGGGAUGUCUUUUGUUUUUGUCUUAUAUGUUUAAUUGAAGAGGGUCUGGCCUGCUGAUUGGUGGGUUAGAGAGCCCUGUGUUGAGAUGAUCCACAGGCUGGAGAAAUAAACCACAGAAAGUUUACAGUCCAA